GCGUGUGACUAUGUACCGUGUCCAACUCCCUCACUCAAGCUACCCCUUUUAUUCUUUACUUCAGCUCCUAUCUCAACCCAUCUUUAUAAAUAACACAACAGCCAGAGAGAUCGAGACUGAGAGAGAGAGAGAGAGAGAGAAAAGGGCGAGAGAGAUUGAAUUUUAGAGACACAGCGAGAUGGCAGAUUGGGGACCGGUGUUGAUAGCGGUGAUACUGUUCGUGCUGUUGUCUCCAGGACUGUUGUUUCAGCUGCCUGGGAGAGGCAGAGUGGUGGAGUUUGGAAACAUGCACACCAGCGGCCUCGCGAUUCUGGUGCACACCAUCAUAUACUUCGGUAUCAUCACCAUCCUUCUCAUUGCCAUCGGGAUUCACAUUCACACCGACUAGGCCUCCUUAAGGCUCCCCUCUGUUUUCACUUUGUUAUUGUGUUUUUGUUGUGUUUGUGUAAUGGACGAUCGUGUUAAAUCAGUGCAGCAGCUUUGAGUGAUGAUUGUAUUCGUUUAUUUCAGUUUCAACUAAGGCUACUUUCAUUUC